UUUGUUUUUGAGGGACUGGGAGACUGGUGGAGCUGGAGUUUUGGAUUUAGAUUUUCGUGGAUCACAAUUGUUAAUAAAGCAAGUGGCUGAUGAAACUGGUUGUAUGACUUAUCCUUUAAUUAAUUGGUUUGGAAGGGACGUGUAUUAUGGAUCUACAAAGGCUUUAUUUUCUUGUUUUUUAAACACAAAAUUCAUCAAAUGAUUACACAAAAGGAAAAAGGGGGAUGUACGUGGGAUUUAGUUAUGAAAGAUCAUCGUACAUGGACACGAUUUCUUGUAAUGGAUACAGUUAUCGUGAGUAAGGUUUUUAAAAAUUUAUUAAAAAAUAAUAUAAGGACUUGGAUAUGAAAAUAUUGAGUUGGAAUUGUAGAGGAAUGGGGAGCAAUUAUACAAUUAGUUAUCUGAGGGAUAUAUGGCAUAAACAUAAACCGGCGUUUCUUUUCUUAUCAGAAACAAAACAACAGUUUGAUUUUGUUCAGAAUUUUCAAUUUCAUUUUGGGUAUAAACACCUACAUACGGUGGAUCCUAUUGGGAGAAGUGGAGGACUGGCUCUUUAUUAUGAUCACGAUUCACCGGUGUCUAUUAUUUAUUCAAGUAAUAGAAUAAUAGAUAUUGAAACCACAUAUAAAGGAAAAACAAUUUUUAUUUCUUUUGUAUAUGGGGACCCCGUUCAGGGUCUUCGAGACCACGUUUGGGAACGUCUUACUCGAAUUGGGAUAAAUAGAGUGGACCCAUGGUUUAUUAUUGGGGAUCUAAAUGAAAUAAGAGGUAAUCAUGAGAAGGAAGGGGGGGUGUUACGACACACGUCCACUUUUGUCGAUUUUAAUAAUAUGAUUGACAAUUGUGGUUUUUUGGAAUUUCCUGCUGUGGGAAAUACUAUGUCAUGGAGUGGGACGAGGAACAAACAAACGGUAAAAUGUAGAUUAGACCGGGCUUUAGGGAACGUGGAAUGGCACACCCUAUUCCCGUCCGCAUUUGUCGAGUAUUUGGGAAUGGUAGGCUCGGAUCAUAGGCCUAUUGUGACGAAUUUAGAUGAGAAACAAGUAAGAACGAGAAGGCAAUUUCGGUUUGAUAAGAGAUGGAUUGGUAUGGAUGGUCUUAUGGAUUCCAUUUCGAGAGGUUGGUCUACAGGAAGGCCAAGUCAUAAUUCGAGAGUGGUAGAUAGAAUUAUCAACUGUAGACAUGAAAUUUCGGUUUGGAGGAAAAAUAAUCCACCAUAUAGGAAGGAAAAGAUUAAUUCUCUUCAGAAGGCUUUGGAGGACAUUCAGUGUGAUAAUACCAAGACAUAUGAGGAGGUGCUAGAAGUUUCUAGGAAGUUAAAAGAAGCUUAUAGGGAUGAAGAAUUAUACUGGGAACAAAAAAGUCGAACGACUUGGCAUGCAAAAGGGGAUAGAAAUACAAAAUUCUAUCACGCCCUAACUAAGCAGAGACGAAUACAAAAUAAAAUUGUGGGUUUGCACAAUAGUGGUGGUAAUUGGGUAACAUCAGAAUCUGAGGUAGAAGGUGUUGCGAUAGAUUACUUUAAUGACUUGUUCACAACGACAUCACCUUCGGGCUAUGAAGAUUUUCUAAGUGAGGUGCCUACUUUGAUUACAGAGGAUCAAAACAGGUCUCUGACCUCUUGGGCAUCAGAGGAGGAAGUGAAAUCAGCUUUAUUCAUGAUGCAUCCUGAAAAAGCUCCAGGACCGGAUGGAAUGACGGCUUUAUUUUUCCAACAAUCCUGGUCGAUUAUUAGAUCAGAUAUCACAAAUAUGGUUAACGAAUUUUUUAGGACUGGAUAUUUGGAGGAGAGGAUGAAUAUGACCAAUAUUUGCCUCAUCCCAAAGACAGUGCGACCAAGUAGAAUGACGGAAUUGAGGCCAAUUAGUUUAUGUAAUGUGGGUUAUAAGAUUAUUUCGAAGGUGCUUUGCCAACGGCUGAAGAGGCUACUACCACAAUUGGUAUCAGAAACACAAUCCGCUUUUGUUUCUGGGAGACUGAUCUCCGAUAAUAUAUUAAUUGCUCAGGAGAUGUUUCAUGGAUUAAGAACGAAUAAUUCAUGUAAGGAGAAAUUUUUGGCUAUAAAAACAGAUAUGAGCAAAGCAUAUGAUAGGCUUGAAUGGCCUUUUAUUGAGGCGAUGCUAUUAAAGUUGGGUUUCGCACAAAGGUGGGUAUCUCGGAUAAUGUCUUGUAUUACGUCGGUAAAAUAUAAAAUUGUGAUUAAUGGUCAACCAAAAGGACAUAUUAUACCAAACCGAGGACUUCGUCAAGGUGAUCCGUUAUCACCUUAUUUGUUUAUUUUGUGUACUGAGGCAUUAAUAGCAAAUAUACGGAAAAAGGAAGAAAAUAAAUUAUUGACGGGGUUAAAAAUCGCGCGUGGUAGUCCGGCAAUCACACACUUAUUAUUUGCGGAUGAUAGUCUCUUUUUUUGCAAAGCUAAUAGGCAAGAAUGUGAGACUAUCAUACAGAUUUUGAAAGACUAUGAGAGAGCAUCGGGGCAACAAAUUAACUUUCAGAAGUCUUCCAUUCAGUUUGGUCAUAAGGUACCGGAUGUAGCACGUUUAGAGGUGCAACAGGUUUUGGGCAUUACUACAAUUGGUGGUAUGGGAACAUACUUGGGGAUUCCCGAAAGUCUUGGUGGCUCUAAAACACAAGUAUUUGGUUAUCUUAAUGAAAGGGUCAAUAAUAAGGUUAAUAAUUGGACUAUUCGAUUCAUUACGAAAGGAGGAAAGGAAGUUUUAAUUAAAGCAGUAGCAUCCCCUAUGCCAACUCAUGUUAUGUCCUGCUUUCGGUUACCAAAAACGGUUACGAAAAAAAUUACCAGCACGGUUGCUCAUUUUUGGUGGGCUGGUAGUGGUAAUAAAAAAGGUAUGCAUUGGUUUGCAUGGGAUAAAAUGUGCAAAGAUAAACCGGACGGUGGUAUUGGUUUUAGAGAUAUUCAAAAUUUUAAUACGGCAUUAUUAGCAAAACAACUAUGGAGGUUAAUCGAUAAACCUGAUUCUCUUUUUGCAAGAGUUUUUAAAGGAAGAUACUAUAGAAAAUCUGAUCCUUUGGAUCCAAUCAGAUCAUAUUCUCCCUCAUAUGGGUGGAGAAGUAUUACAUCAGCUAGAUCUCUGGUUAAUAAAGGGCUAAUCAAAAGAGUGGGAACUGGUUCAAGCAUUUCAGUCUGGAAUGAUCCUUGGAUCCCUGCUCCUCGCCCGAGGUCAGCAAUACCAAAAUGUUCGAAUCAAUAUUUGAAUCCAUUACUUAAGGUGGAGGAUUUAAUAAAUCCAGUCGAUCUCUCUUGGAAUCUGGAUUUGCUCAAAGUAUAUAUUCACCAGGACGAUGUGGAUAUUAUACGGAGUUUAGCUAUUAGUCGUAACCCAAAACCAGAUUCAUAUGGAUGGCAUUUUACGGACCAUGGUCGAUAUACGGUUAAAUCAGGUUAUCGUACGGAUAAAUUAUUUCCGGAUAUGGGAUCUCAUUAUAGAGUUUUGGGACCAGAUAUUAAGCCACUGUUGGCUCACUCUUGGAAGCUUCAAUGUUCAUCAAAGCUGAAACAUUUUGUUUGGCAGAUACUUUCGGGUAGUCUACCGGUAACCAAGAAUCUUCAUUCACGAGGGAUAAAAUGUGAUGUGAAAUGUCAAAUAUGUGGUGCAGAGGAAGAAUCUAUUAAUCAUGUUCUGUUUGAGUGUCCAUUAGCACUACAAACGUGGGCUUUAUCUAAUAUUCCUUCAUGCCCAGGUGUCUUUCCCACCCCGUCACUUUUCACAAAUAUGGACUAUCUUUUCUGGCGGUUACCUAAGGAACCAGAUUUGAAUUAUUUUCCAUGGAUAUUGUGGUAUAUUUGGAAGAAUAGAAACGCUAAAGUUUUUAAGAAUCAGAUAAAAACCCCUUUUGAUAUUCUUCGAAUGGCGAAAAUAGAAGGUGUUUUGUGGGCUGAAGCCCAGACAAAGGAACCUAUAAACCGUGAAUCUCUACAUAUUGCAGAGACCCAUUUUCCAUAUGGAGUUAACAAGUGUUAUAUAGAUGGAGCAUGGAAGGAACAUGAUCUUUAUACAGGGCAGGGAUGGGUCUACAGAAAAGAUGGAUCAAAUGAUACUAUGAUGGGUGCAAUGUCUAUUCGCAGGAGUCUAUCACCUUUACAUGCUGAAUGUGAAGCGUUGAUAUGGGCGAUGGAGUGCAUGAAGACCCUACAAAUCUCAGAGGUGGUGUUUGCAACAGACUGUUCUCAAUUGGUGAAGAUGGUGUCAACACCAACAGAAUGGCCGGCGUUCACUACACACAUGGAGGAGUUUCUGCGAUGUAAGGAAUUCUUUCUCAACUUUACUAUCCAGCAUAUACCAAGGGCGCAAAAUACUCUGGCGGACAAGCUGGCACGAGGUGCUAGAACUUCGCCAUCUGCUAUGGUUUAUGUUGACUCAGUUCCUCCGAGGUGGCUCUCGGAUCAGGAAUCUUCUUAGUUUCUUAGCCUUUUGUCGUAAAAAAAAAAAAAAAUUGAAAAUUCAAAAACCCCUAAUCGAGAGAUUGAUUCCGGCGAUCGAGAGAUCGAUUCCGGCGAGAGAGAGAUUCCGACGAGAGAUCGAUUCCGGCGAGAGAUAUCGAUUCCGGCGAGAGAGAUCGAUUCCUUCGAGAGAGAUCGAUUCCGGCGAGAGAGAUCGAUUCCGGCGAGAGAGAUUCGAUCCGUCGAGAGAGUUUCGACGACUUCAGCCAUUUUCACCGGCGAGAUUUGAUUAUUCAGACGACAUUGACGUCCGACGAGAUUUGGCGAAGACUACAAGCUCAAACGAAUCAAUCUCUCUUCUAGAACGUAACAAAGUGAUUUUCGUCUAUUUUCUGUAAUUUUUGCUUGGUUUCUCAAAAUCGAUCGGUUUCUGGGAAGGAGACGAAUUUUUCUCAUGAAGUUUUCGAAUCUCAGAUUUAUAAAACCUUAUAAAUUUUUAGCUAUGAGGAAUAUAGUUUUAUGUAUUUUUCUUAUUGAUAUAUCUUGUUGAUCAUUCCUUCUCUAAUACCCAUGUUCUUUAUAAUCAGGUUAUGGUGUUCGAAAUUUGUUCUAUAUGUGGAGAAUGGAAACUAAUAAAUGGAAUUCACUGGGAUUUCAUAGUGGAUGAUCAACGAGGAUCCUCUCUUAGUAUGAUUCAUGAAGAUAUCAGCUACAAUGAUUUGAUUGUGGCUGUUUUAGAAGAUUUUGGAAUUGAUGGCAACAGAAACAGUGUAAAUCUUAGCUAUGCCUCACCUUCAAAAUUAAACUUUGGUACAAAAGAGCUUCCUCCAGCAUUUAUUAGGAAUGAUCGUCAAGUAACAUCUUAUCUGAGCAAACUUAAGGAGAAUGGAGACCUUCAUCUAUGUGUAACCAUUAAGAGAAGAACUCAAUUAUCACCAAUGAUUAUGUCAAAUAUGAUCCAGCCACGGGGUGGAAAUAGUAAUCAUGAUUUGCCUAUUGCUGGAACUAGUAAUCCGCGUGAGGUAUUUAUUACAACUCUUAUUUUUAUAAGGCCUUGUAAAUGAUUAUAUAUUUAGCUUUAUCUUUUUAUGUUUCAUUACAAUAUUCAUUACUAGCUUUAUGUUUUUAUGUUUCAGAGAGGAACACAAAAAUCACCAUUGAUUAUGUCAAACAUGAUUCAGACACAAGAUGAAAUUUCUAGUACUCAUGAUUCGCCUAUUGCUGGAAGUAGUAAUGUAUUUGAGAGAGGAACAAAAACACACGCGGAGACUGAAUGGAACAGCAUUCAGAGAGUUGACGAAGUCUCUGGUAUACAACAUACUCGUAUUAGCGACAGUCUUAUUUCUCGUUCAAGUGGUCUUGUUAGCAAU